CCGCUGCCGCUUUCCCCGCGCCGCGGUCCCUGCCCGCUCCCUCCUCCCUCCCUUCUUUCCUCCCUCGCGGGGCCGCCGCUCCGCGUCAGCGCCCACCGCGCUCCCGCCCCGGCCCCGUCGGCGGGCGCCGGUUGUGCCCUCCCCGCCCCUUCCUCCCCUGUCCGCCCGUCCCCCCCCUCCCGCCGGCCGGGCCCCGGAGCGCCGCCGCCGCCGCGGGGCUGUGAGCGGGGCCCGGCGCCGUGCCGGGCCGUCCCCUCGCCGGCGGGGCCAUGGCCGCGAGCGCCAAGCGGAAGCAGGAGGAGAAGCACCUGAAGCUGCUGCGGGAGAUGAGCAGCCUCCCGCCCAACCGCAAGUGCUUCGACUGCGACCAGCGCGGCCCCACCUACACCGACAUGACCGUGGGCAGCUUCGUGUGCACCUCCUGCUCCGGCAUCCUGCGGGGCUUGAAUCCACCCCAUAGAGUGAAGUCGAUUUCCAUGACUACGUUCACACAACAGGAAAUAGAAUUUCUGCAGAAACAUGGAAAUGAAGUGUGCAAACAGAUUUGGCUAGGCCUGUUUGAUGAUAGGUCAUCAGCAAUUCCAGACUUCAGGGAUCCACAGAAAGUAAAGGAAUUUCUACAGGAAAAAUAUGAAAAGAAAAGAUGGUAUGUUCCUCCAGAGCAAGCCAAGGUGGUGGCGUCGGUCCACGCGUCCAUCUCGGGGUCCUCUGCCAGUAGCACAAGCAGCACACCCGAGGUGAAGCCUCUCAAAUCUCUCCUGGGAGAAGCUGCACCCGCACUGCACUUAAACAAGGGCACACCCAGCCAGUCUCCUGUUGUAGUUCGAUCUCAAGGACAGCAGCAACAAGAAAAGAAACAAUUUGACCUCCUCAGUGACCUUGGCUCAGAUAUCUUUGCUGCUGCUCCUCCUCAGUCAACUGCUCAGUCAACAGCGAAUUUUGCUAAUUUUGCACACUUCAACAGUCAUACAGCGCAGAACUCUGCAAAUGCAGGUUUUGCAAACUUUGAUGCAUUUGGACAGUCUAAUGGCUCGAGUAAUUUUGGAGGUUUCCCCACAGCAAGUCAGUCUCCUUUUCAGCCCCAAAACACAGCGUUCAGAACGCUUUCAUCUAGCUGCAGUUUUGGUGAAUUUACUUCAGCUUUUCCUCUCCAGGCUGUACACAGUGGAAGUGCUGGAUCAGUGAAUGCUAACUUUGCUCACUUUGAUAACUUCCCCAAAUCCUCCAGUGCCGAUUUUGGAGCCUUCAAUGCUUCUCAGAGCAACGCCACAGCAACUGCAGCCGGUAAAGCUGCAGUGAAUAAACUGAACCUCCAGUCAGCUGACAAAUACGCAGCUCUUGCUAAUUUAGAUAAUAUCUUCAGUGCAGGGCAAGGUGGGGGUGAGCAAGGGAGUGGUUUCAGCACGGUGGUGUCGGCAUCAGCAGGUCCCGCGUUGUCAGCCCCAAACCAGUCAAGUGCAUCUUCAGACAAGUACGCGGCUCUGGCGGAGCUGGACAGCGUGUUCAGCUCCACAGCCACCUCCAGUAACGCCUACACUUCCACCAGUGAUGUCAGCAGCAAUGCUUUUGGAACAGUACCUGUGGCUGCCACUGCACAGACACAGCCUGCAUCUUCGAGUGUGCCUGCUCCGUUUGGAGCAACACCUUCCACAAAUCCAUUUGUAGCUGCCCGAGUUGCCCCAGUGGCACCUUCAACAAAUCCAUUCCAGACCAAUAGCCGAGGAGCAACAGGCCUCUCGGGAGCAAUGCACUCUCACAUAUUUCCUCAGGCUCAUUUUGCAGCAACAUUUGGUACUGCAUCCUUGAGCAUGCCUGCAGGAUUUGGAACUCCUGCUACCUACUGUCUUCCUACUAGUUAUAGUGGCAACUUCCAGCAGCCCACGUUCCCAACCCAGGCAGCUUUCCCUCAACAGACUGCUAUUGCUCAGCAGCCAAAUGGAGCAGGUUUUGCUGCAUUUGGGCAGGCAAAGCCUGUAGUAACUCCUUUUGGACAAGUUGCAGCUGUUGGAGUAUCUAGUAACCCUUUUAUGGCUGGUGCACCAACAGGACAAUUUCCAACAGGAAGCCCAUCAACCAAUCCUUUCUUAUAGCCUUAUAGACACUUUACCCAAAAGAACUCUUAUGUGGUCACAUAACAUCUCUGCGCCUCUUGCACUGUUGUCUUGUUUCACUGAUAUUAGCUUUAAACACAAAAGAAGUCUUUAAGAAGUAAAAAUAAAAGCCUGCAUUGUGUACCUUUAAAAAAUUUUAAAAAGGAAAAAAAAAAAAAUCCAACACACACAAAAAAGAGAGAGAACCGACCCCCCCACACACCAGGUAAUAACGUGCAAAACAGAGGGCUGUGGUAACAUCCUUGAACCUGUGAACUGGCAGGUGAAAAGUAGCGGUAUCAUGUAUAUUAAAAUUGGCUAAUAAGUUAUUGCAGAUACCACGUUCAUUAUGCUGCAGUACUGUACAUAUUUUUCUUAGAAAAUAGCUAUUUGUGCAUAUCAGUAUUUGUAACUUUAACACAUUGUUAUGUGAAAAAUGUUACUGGGGAAUAGAUCAGCCACUUUAAGGUGCUGUUGUAUCUCUUGGAAUGAAUGAGCUGCAUCAUUUUAACCGUUGGUAUUGGAAGUCAUGAAGUUAAAUUGAAGGUUUGUUCAUUUCUCAAAACGUUUUCCUUUCCUAAGAGCUCUUCUAUUUAUACAUGCCUAAAUCUCUAAUGUUAGAGGGAUACCUGUCUGCAUAAUAAAGCUGAUCAUGUUUUGCUACAGUUUGCAGGUGAAAAAAAAUAAAUAUUAGAAAAAAACAA